AUGGCAAUGACACAAACAUUGAGCGCUGUUCCAGCAAUGCUCACUGAUCUCUAUCAAAUUACGAUGGCCUAUGCUUAUUGGAAGAAUGGUAAACAUCAAGAUGAAUCAACAUUUGACCUCUUUUUUCGCAAGAAUCCAUUUGGUGGUGAAUUUACAUUGUUCGCUGGUCUCGAAGAAUGUUUAAAAUUUGUACAAAAUUACAAAUUUCAAGCAUCCGAUAUCGAUUAUCUUCGCAAAUCAUUGCCCAACUAUGUAGAAGAAGAAUUUUACGACUUUUUAUCGACACUCAACAUGAAUGAUAUUAAAAUUUAUGCAAUACCUGAAGGUAAAAUUAUGUGUACAUAUACUUUCUUCCGUAUUUUCUUAAUUCGUCAUUUAGGUUCUGUGGUUUUUCCUCGCUUGCCGUUGCUUCGUGUCGAAGGACCUAUUCUUAAAGCGCAACUGCUCGAAACAACUCUUCUAACACUAAUCAAUUACGCCAGUCUGGUAGCGACGUAUGCCUUUCGAUUUCGUAUGGCAGUAACAUCUAAGAAAAUAUUUCAUGAAUGCGGUCUUCGACAUGCUCAAGGUCCGAAUGGAGGUCUUAGUGCUUCAAAAUAUUGCUAUUUAGGUGGAUUUGAUGGUACGUCAAAUGUACUAGCUGGUAAACUUUACGGAAUUCCUAUCCAAGGAACGCAUACAUAUGCUUAUGUUAGUUCAUAUCAAAAUCUUGAUGAGUUGAAACUUCGAGAAUUAUCCGAUCGAAUCACUGGUGAAUCACAUCCAUUUACUGAAUUGUGCUUGAAAUAUAUCAAUGAAGUUGUUUCAAUAUUCAAAAUCUUUCCUGACCAACUUAAUAAAGGCGAAUUGGCCGCAUUCAUUACCUAUGCUAUCUCGUUUCCUUCUGGCUUCUUGGCUUUGGUCGACACGUAUGAUGUUCUCAAAUCCGGUGUCCCGAAUUUUUUGGCUGUCGCUCUUGCAUUAAACGAAUGCAACUAUCAAGCGAUCGGUCUUCGUUUGGAUUCUGGUGACUUGGCCUAUUUAUCAUUGGAAAUACGAACAUAUUUUGUUGAAGUCGCUCGAAAGUACAAUCUACCCUACAUCGAACGUUUAACUAUUGUGGCAAGUAGUGAUAUCAGUGAGGAUACAUUGCAUUCAUUGGAACAACAAGGACAUGCCAUUGAUAUAUUCAAUAUUGGAGCACAUUUGGUUACAUGCCAAAUGCAACCAGCACUUGGUUGUGUUUAUAAAUUGGUUGAAUUGAAUGGAACACCACGCAUCAAAGUAAGUCAAGAUCUCGAAAAAGUGACGAUACCUGGUCGAAAAAAUGUCUAUCGAUUUUACGAUUAUAACGGCGAAGCUUUAUGUGACUUGAUGACUGGAAGUGAUGAAUCAGAACCGAAAGCAGGUGUUAGAGUACUUUGUCUGCAUCCAUUUUCUGAGACGAAACGUGCCUAUGUUACACCAACAUCGGUAGAAUGUAUACAUAAAUUGUAUUGGGCCAAUGGUCAAAUUCAACAUGCACUACCGACAUGGCAAGAAGUUCGUAUCUAUGCCCAACAACAAAUCGAAACAUUGCGUAAAGAUCAUCGACGACAUCUUAAUCCGACACCGUAUAAGGUCUCUCUUACUAAUCAUCUCUAUUCGUUCGCACAUCGACUAUGGAUCAAGAGUGUACCAAUUGGUGAAGUGGCCUAA